AUGACAAGCGACUCGAACCGGCCAGCAAAACGACGACGCGUUACUCAAGCGUGCGAUUAUUGCCAUCGCAGGAGUAUUCGGUGUCAGCCCGCGGUCGGAGACAUCCACGAACGAUGCACCAAUUGCGUCGACUUCGAACAGCCCUGCACACGCGACCGUGCUGUGAGGCGUCGAGGAGUGAAGCCAGGUCGGAGUAUGUCACAGCAGACGCCAUCGCCUUCCCUUCAUACGGUCCAGACGCCAGACUCGAGUGGUCCAAUUCCUUCACAUUCUUCAGUUUCCCUACCAUGGACAGCACCUCAGGUCGCUAGCCAAGCUGCAAUCGUUGACCUCAUCGAUGUUUAUAUCGAGGUUGUCUAUCCGAUUUUCCCUUUGUUUCAUCGUCCCAGUUUCUUACGCAAAAUUUCUCGUGGUGAAUAUAUGGACUCUCGGGAGAUGUUCGCUGUAACAAUGGCGGCCUGUGCUCUGGCUUCUGCUAGAGCGGCUGACAAUGCUCUGUUCGACUCGAAUUGGGAUGCACAGACCCUAGGGAGCAUGUCUUCGUCCGUAUUCUACGAGGCGGCCAUCCGUGCUUUGCCUAAAACAGACACACCCGAACACAGUCUGAACCUUAUGAGAGCAUACGCCUUGUUGUCGCUUACUGCUAUCCAACACGGAAAUACUCGAGACAUGCAAGCCUAUCUUGGCAAGUAUCAUGCUCUUGUAGCUAUGGAUGGCCUGCAUGACGAGGCCAAUUGGCCGCGAGAUCUCACAAUCAUUGAGUUAGAGGAACGUCGACGGCUGUACUGGUCCAUGUACACUCUCGACAUCUUUUCUUGCAUUGUGUUCAAUAGCGUGAUCCGUAGUCGGGAGGAACAAUCUGUUGUGCGGUACCCAACUGAGCUAGACGACGCCUGUUUCGACAACACCGGCUACAGGACAGAACCUCAAUCGCCGGUUGAUGCUAUCAGCCCAUCGAGCAGCUCCUCACCUGACAGCUGGGUCCACGGCUGGAACAUCGUAACCGAUCUGUGGCGCCUUCUUGAACAUGUUACAAUGAAAUUACACAGUCAUACCAAAAAGAAACGAUCCUUCCUGGAGAUUGCAGCCAACUUUGAGGCUUCUCCCCCAACGUCAAAACUCCAAGCUGAGGUAAAUCGCAUAUAUUUCGGCCUGCCGUAUCACUUUCGGGAAAUCAAGGAAAGAACAGGAGACCAGGCCAAAGACCGCUACGGAUUCCAAGCAGCAAACAUCACCGCCACAGUCCAACUUUUACGUAUGGUUCUCUUAGCAUCGGAACAGAACACUAUAGAGCAGCGCUGCCAAGUUGUUAGCGAGGUCGUUAACGCUUUCAUGCGCAUACCAUCCUCAUAUCUGCGCGCGAUUAGCUCUCCGUUGUUGCACCAUCUAAGCGGUAUUGGUUCAGUACUCGGAGGCGUCCUCGGAGAGCCUCUACUAGACUACCAAUACCAGCAGGUCCGCACGGUUUUGCUGUCGCUAGCACAACUUUUGGAAAAUUUAGACAUCGGUAUUCACUCCGUCAAAUCCGCACAGAAACUAAGAGCUCUGGUCGUUCAGAUAGACGAGCACAUGGCAUCCCGUGGGAGUGCAGUCUCGCCUGCGACCAUGUACAUGGACCCCCACAACCGUGAUCUGCAGCUACCACAAGAUGUUCUCUCCGAAUGGCCCUGGAAAUCAGGAUUUAUGCAUUUCCCCAGCGAAUGA